GUGGAAUUAAAGUCUACAGAGCUCGAAAUGCAGUUUAUGUAUUACCUAAGCGACCUAAUUUUAGAGUGAACUCACGUUGGGGUGCAGACGAUAUCUGAAAGUGGGGAUAUGGAUGCGGCAUAACCAGAAAAUAAUUAAUAUUGCGCUAUUUCCUUCUCGAUGUACUUUCGAGAUAGAUAACUGCCCUCUUUGCCAGAUAUCGGGCAAGAAACAUCUCGCAUUGUACUAUCUUGCAGUAGGAUGCAAUUGUCUGUGUAUAAGAACGAUAAAUCUACAAGAAAGUCUUGAGAAUCUUUCUCGCUCUCGAAGGAAUCAGACGUGUCUCCGGUCCACGACUAGUCGCUUGCUCGGGAACAAAACUCGGUCACCAGUUCAACUCGUCGGAUAUCCAUCGAUAUCGAAAAGCUUCGCAUCCAGUGCAGCAGCGCACCUGUCGAACAUUAAAAUCUUUAUUUCAGCGGGGAAAGUCAAACAGGGUCUAUCAACGCUAUUUUGUAUACAUUGAUGAAGACUGAAGGAACUGCCAAGUGUCGUCUGCUACAUAUAAUAACUGCCAGGACUUUAACGGCAAAACACUACCAACAGUCGGUGAUCCUUGUUUAAUUCUGUUGUGUCUGGUGUUUUUAGAGUUCAAAACUGAUCAUGAACUUGCCAACGAGAAUGGUGCCAUAGUACACCUAGCUGUGCUAAAUUGCCAAGAAUUGGGUCGGGUUCAAUCUCCAAAUGCUAGCCAGGCUGAUAAAUGGGUCAACAGAGUUGAAUUUUGGAGGAGCUGUUUUUGUCGCGGAUGCAUGCUGUAGCAGCGAUCCCCGCUUGCUCCAAAUAUCGCUUUCGUGGCUUCAGUGCCCUUAACACACAUGCGCAAUGGGUUGAAUGAUGAUGACGUCGAUAUCAACCAGUGGGUAUGCAGUCUUAUGCCGUGUGUGUGGAGACAAAGCCUCCGGGUUCCACUAUGGUGUGCAUGCAUGUGAAGGCUGCAAGGGUUUCUUUCGAAGAAGUAUCCAACACAAUGUGAAAUAUCGGGUGUGUAGUAAGGGAGACGAGUGCCUGAUCAUGAGAAUUAAUAGGAACAGAUGUCAGUACUGUCGUCUCAAGAAGUGCCUUGCAGUCGGGAUGUCCAAAGAUGCUGUCCGACUUGGUAGAUGCCCCAAGAAGUGCAAACCCCAGGGUUUGUUGAUGCCCUCCCCGCCCCGCUCUCCUGCAGGGGACGGGGACACCAGUGCCCUGGAGGACUCACAGAUGAAGACUGAGCAGCUAAUACUCAGCAUCCAUGAGGCACAGAAGAAGACCUUAUGGGAUUGGGGCAUCCUACAGUGUAGGAGUUACAACCUCUUAUCGCAGGUUUCAGAUAACAAUAACAAUAAUGGAGACAGCGUAAUGGCAACCCGUUCAAAGAUCAUCAACAACCUCAUCACCAACAACUUCACGGCGUCCAUCACCCGCAUCAUCAGCUUUGCCAAACUAGUUCCGGGUUUCCUAACGUUAGACAAGUCAGACCAGAUCACGCUACUCAAGCAGGGCUCGCUGGAAAUCCUCCUGGUGCGGCUGGCUCACUAUCUAAACACUAAAGAAGAGGGCGCCAAACUCAUCGAGAGCUGCCAGUCGGCUUGCCAAAUGCUGGAGGAGUGCGGCCUGAUAUCGAUCAAGGAGAUCAUGCUGGAUGUGGUCGACUUUGCAGAGAAAUUCAAGGCAUUGGGUAUCGUGACAAGCGAGGUCGGACUCUUCACUGCAAUUAUCCUCCUCAGUGCAGAUCGUCCUGGGCUGAAGUACCCUCAUCAGAUAGAACCGCUGCAGCUUCAGGUCAUACAGGCCCUGCAGUCACAGGUCAUGCACAACCAUCCCAAUGACCGUUCCGUGUUCCCUCGUCUCGUCACCAGACUAUCAGACGUCAGACAAUUCAGCGUCAUCAACUCUGACAAGAUGCUCAAUAUUUUUGAUGGGGGAAAAUGAGGCACUGCUCCUUAGAACAAUCAUGUAUUAAAGACAGUUGAAAGGAACUUUGUAUUAAGAGAUAGAUGACUGACGGCUCUGUGCGGACUAUAGAGGGCAGUGUUUAUUGUGGCCAUGUCAAUCAUAAGGACCAUCGAGAGAAUGAAGAGAUAGUGUUUGUAGUGACAUAGUUACAGACCACCGUCUGAACAUGUGUGUCUCGUCCGAUGCUAGGAGGGUUUUCUCAUCAUAUCACCACUUUGUCCCCCAUGACUGCAAAGACUCAUAAUUUUGACAAUUUCUUUCCAAGCUGCGCUAUGAAUGAAUAUCAAUGAGCAACUGAGGGAUGUUUCACAAAUAGUCAAGUGUGUCUUACCGCCCUGUCACACGGUAAAAAAAAAUCGUAAUUUGAAUGAUGAUUCCAGAGGAAAAUAAGGCUAAUGACGAAUUUUUAGCACGUGUGAAACCAAACUAGAAUCAUGAAAGCUAAUCACAAUCGCAAAUUUGAAUUCUACUCCGGAGGCGAAUUCCAGUUGAGUUUAACUCAAAUUACGGUACGAAUUUUCCAUGUGAAAUGUCCGAUGAUUCUAAAGAAGAAUUGCAAUCAUCAUUACAAUGAUGAUUCAAUAUUCACGUGUGAAAAGGCCCUUAGAUUCAUGCUUAGAUACCAAUGCACACAUGAAGUGUGGUGGAGUGUGUCCCCUCUAAAUGAUCUAGAUAGUGCGUUGAUGUGUCUUAUACCACAGACUAUCUAAGCACGAUUUUUAGUCUGACUUAAAUCUUUGUGAAACGCCCCCUGGUUGAUAAUGUAUAAAUAUUGUUGUUUUCCAUUCUGGAAUAAUGAAAAAUAUUAUAUGUUGCACCUCUUGUCACCGAUAUUGUAUGAAAAUGCCUUUAGAAUUUCAAUUUAGUUUUUUUUUUUUGUAUAAAUGCCAAGUUAAUUUUAUACCAUUUUGGAAUUUGGAUAAUCAUGGGGUUAUGGUUAUAUUUGGCCUUGUAAACAAUUUUUGUGCUUUUCUUGCUUUUCUAUGGAUGUUGUCAUGUAGGAGUUUUUCACACACUCUAUGUUAAUAUUUCUGUAUUCUGGUUGUUGUGGUAUUGUUUUCCAUGUGUGUGGCUUUCUGUUGCUGCAUAAUAGUAAGAUAUAUAUUAUGAAGACCAAAGAAAAUCACCUUCUCCCUUGCUGGUAUAGCAUGUGAUCAAUAAAGAGGAUUAACAUUAUGCUUUCGAUGUAAUUCUAGUUCUGGAGUGCUGACCACUGAUGGUGAGGGAUUUUUUUGUUACUAAUGUAAAGUUGAGUGAGUGGUUAGAAAAUCAUCAAUAUGUCAUUUUGUUAGUACAAAAUCACUCAAUGUCAUUGUUUGCUCUGUUGAUCAAAGCAUCACUGACUCUAUUUUUCACCCUUUUCAACUUUGAACCCUUGUACAUCUGGAUAAAAGCACCUUGUGUGAAUGGGGCCAGUUGUAAACUGUAGUUUCUUUAUUAUCCAUCAAUCUAUCUAAAUGUCUUUCUAUCUAUCUAUCUGUCUAUCCAUUUAUCUUAUUGUCUUUUCUUUUGCCAGUUUUCUAGCUCUCUGUCUUCAUUUCUGUCUAUUUAUCCAUUAUGUAUCUCCUACUAUCUGUCUAUCAAUCUUUCAACACAUUCUUCUUCCAAUGUGUAAAUCGAGAGAUCAUAUUGUCCAUCUCUUUACUACAUGUCCUUAAAGUCUUCAAAUUCUAUUCAUCUCAACUUUUAAAUUUCCUCUUUCUAUUCAAACUAUUUUAACCUUUCAAGAGACGAUAUACUUUCUUGUUGAUUUGUGAAAUCUGAGCCUGUGUUCUUCUGCUCCAAACAAUCCAUUUGACGCUGUUUCCCUAAACUAUUUAACAAUUAUCUCACCCAACAUUCCAUUGAAAGACAUGUAGAUAGAUUAAUAUACACACAUCCACAUGGUAUUCACUGAACUUGUUAAAUAAAUAUCUUAAAUCAUUUGCCUCUCCUGGAAAUAAUGGCUAAUAUCAGUUCCCUUUUUUCACUGUAAACCAUGGCCCAUCGUAAUAUACUGCAUUCUCUAUACCCGCUUGCUUGAUAAAUGACUACUUUUUCCAAAUAAUUGUCCAAGAAAACAAAUGUCUGUAAAAAGCAACAAAGGGUGUUAUUUCUAAUGACUUAAACAAUUUUUGUUACUUUUUAAAGGACAAUUAGAGGAUUUCAAAAUGGAGAAAGAUUGUGUCAGUAUGACUUUAUCCACUCUGCGCACUGUUUUUUUUUUUUACCCUCCACUUACCAAUUGUCAUGGUUUAGAAAACUCUCUAAUACGUCAAGUGUGUGCAAUAGAAGUAGUUGAUAAUGAUUAUGGUCACUUUAACUUAUUCACUAUUUUCUUUACAAAGUAUUACCAUGUUUUGCCCUGCUGCUUCUAUUUAAGUACUACUAAGAUUAAAUGAUCAAACAGGGUGCAAUAUGUAUCCAAAAAGGUAAAAGAAAAUAACAUGAACAAGAUUUUAUUUAAAGAGGGACGAUAAAUAAUGCAGGUGAUGAACUUUUAUAAAGUGGAAUGUAUUUGAAAAAUUGUGGUGAUAUGUAAUUUGUGAUGACUGCAUCAUGUUUGGUGACUUUGUGCAUAAGUUUUUCAAAAAUGCUUUAUAGACAGUCCUAAAAUAUACAUACAUUGUAACUGUAAUGUCGAAAGAUAUAAUAAUUUUGUGCACGUUACCUGCGUGAUCAUAUUAUGAAAUAGUGUAAAUUGUAUGUUUUCAAAAUUGUACAGCAGAUUAUAUGAUAUUAUUAAAAUGGCACAUAAACAAUUUAAGUAUAAAA